UUUUAUGACAACAUUCCAAAUAUGUUCCUGUUUACAUGAAAUGAAGAAAUAAUUGUUGAAGAUGGUUUUUGAAGAGUCUGAAAUAUUUCAGACAAGAAAGAACAUCAAGCCUGAACCUGUAGAACAUUCAGACUUUAUUUCUGGCAUGACUAAGUUACAAAUUACUGAAAACAAUGGAAAGACUGGAGAGAAAAGUACAGAAGAUCUAUGUGACCUUUUGUUGAGUCUAAAAAUAGAAAAACUUAAAUCGAAAGGACCGAAUGGACUUAUUCAGAGAGGGAAGCCACAGGCUAGACAACCAGUAAAUUCAAACUAUAUUCAGAAGAGCUCAUUCCCUGAUUGGCAAUUCCCAGAUUUAAAAGUUUCUGAACUUUAUGGUAGUGUUGUGAAAGUUGAUUCUCCUGAUGGCUUUCCAUAUUUUCCAAAUGAUAACCACAUAGGCCAUCAGAACAUACCAAAGUUCCCACCACAAAAUAAUCUUGUGCAGGGUGUAGACUUUAGUUGUCAGGUGUGGCAACGACAGAACUACCCGUAUUGGCAGUAUAACAGACGUUCAAGGCCAGUACCAGGUCGAUCUGACCCAAAUGUUAGUGAUGGGCCAGUCAAUUUGCCAAGUAGAAGCAAUACCAGGCUACCAGAUAUAUUAGAUGGACCAGGAUCCAGGAGUAAAUCAUCCAGCAGCAAUGAUAUAGAAACAGAUGAAGUACCCUAUGGGCCAACAUAUGAUUUAGAUGACCCUUUCCUCCGUUCAUUAACAGAUCAGCAGUUUCCAUUGUUUGAAGAAAUCACUAAUUUACACAGAGGUUCAAAAGACUUUGAAUAUAUCAAUGAGAAUAGUAAUUCUAGCAGCAGUGAUGCGUUUAGCCAAAAUUCCCCAUAUAGUCAACCUUCCCCGCUAAAUAAUCACGUUGACAGUGAUCUGAAUGAUAUCAAUAACAUCAUCAAUGAAUACUCCUAUACAACAAGUCCAAGCAGUAAAGUUGUCACGACCUUGGAAAAGUGUCGCUUGUCACCUGAUACUGUUGAAGUCAUUGACCCCAGUCGUAAACGGAGAGGCCAAGACGGACAACCAUCUCCACCAAAACAACCUCAUCUUGACUUUCCUGAUGCUGAUGAAGAUGGCGACAGUGUCCUUCAUUCUUUGGUGAUUGCUGAUGACUUUACAGAUGAUGAUAUGGAGAAGAUCUUGUAUUAUUUGGAACUGGACUCAGCUGAUCAGUUAUCAGAAAUAAUUGAUAAACAGAAUAACAUGUGGAGGACUGCCUUGUUCUUGGCUGUGUUAUCAGAGAAGACAGAAUUUGUUCAGUGUUUAUUAGAUCAUGGAGCAGAUCCAAACAUACAGGGAAAGAUACAGUAUUCAGCUGACACAUAUGACCUAAGGACACCAUUAAUGUUGUCUGUAGAGAGGGGAGAUAACUCUUUAGAGAUAACUAAGAUGUUACUGGGAUCACUAGACAUGAAUAUCAACUGUAGGAGUGAAAGUGACAGAUUAACAGCACUUCAUAUAGCUCUGAAAUCACACAGAUUACCCAGCAGUAACCGUGGAGGACUGGAUUGUACAAAAACAGUAAAGCUGUUGAUAAUGAAUGAGGCCGACACAGAUUUAGGGGAAGAUAGAAGUAGUAAAACCCCCUUGAUGUUGGUCAUUGAUACCUGUGAUUUGAGUCUGGUCAAAGUUUUUAUCAAUUGUGACACAGAAAAAAACCCAGAAACAAUAAGAUCAAAGAUGAACGCUACAACACGGUCAGGUGACACCGCGUUACACUUCGCUGCGGGUGCUAAUUUCGAACGUAAAAAGAAGUGCAAUUUGUUACGACUUCUUGUCAACAGUGGAGCAGACAGUAGUAUUGAAAACAAUGAAAAAGAGAAACCUGAAAGCAUUACUACUAAAGAUCUGUGGAAAGAAGCAUUUAAAUGUUAGACAAAGAACUAAUAUGGAGACAGACCCUGACUACCAAACUUACCAACUAUGUUACUGAGAUCAUAAACAUGAUUGUUAUUUGUUACAUUUUUGUACUUCUGUGACGAUUCUUUGUUUUUUCAUUGCGUACCAUUUUCCCAAGAUUUGUCGUAUACAGGUAAACCACAGAUUGCAAUGUUGAAUGAAAUUUCAAAUUUAUAAAGGCUUGGAUUUAGAGUUGUACAACUUUUCGUCAAUCUAGGAAAAUUGUUUCCAAUGAAAUAUUAAGCAAUAAAUCAACAUUUUUGUUAAAACUAAUUAAUUUUUGUACAGUUAUUUGUUUUCUGAUUUUGUAUAGUUAUUUGAUUUUGUACAGUUAUUUGUUUCCUGUUUUGUUAGUGAUUUGUACAGUAUAGUAGUAAGAUGAUAGACUGUGAUAGUUAUGUUUGCAAUAUUCAUUAACUUUCAUUAAAAGUUAUUGUUUUGAAUUUUUAAAUUCACUUAAAUUUAAGAGUUUAAUUGAAAUUAGUGUUUUCUAAUCUAGAUGAUUUCUUAAUUCUUGAAAUAAUUUCAAAAUAUUUUAAUAGCGCUUAGCUAAGUAUGUGAAAGCCUUAGCCUUAAGAUGAAAAAUAAAUACUGGUACUCUGGUAGUCCAAUAUUUUGUCUAAGAUUUGUGCCCAUUAUCAAAAGACUUCUUCUUUUCUUCUUCAUGUUCUUAGUUGAAAUUAUUUGGGGUUUGAUCUGUUAAUUUCUGUAAAAAUUCAUUAAUUUAGCAAAUGUUGAUAGAGGCAUAAAGGCACAGUCUAUUUUUGUCAAAAAUGGUUCAUUUAACUUUAAUAUUUUCAAGGUCAGCAUAAAAUAUCUCACUUACACUACAAAUCAAAAAUUCAUUUAAAACAUUAAAAUGUAAGUUAUCAAAUAAAUUUGUUCAAGCAUGACAUUAGCAUUCCAGAAACCAUAAGACCAUUCUGUAUAUAAUAAUAUCAAAACAUUACACAAUUUGCAUCCAUUUUUACCAUAAAAAUAAUAUUUGGUUUACUUAUGUUUACUGUAAAUAUUUAGUUUUCGAAAAAAGAAAUAUGUAUAAAGUGAUUUGUUAGGAAGUGAAUUUGUAUGUACUGUUUAAAGCAUUUAAUGUAAAUAAUGCAAUUAAUGUUGCCUUGAACUGAAACUUGCUGUGUUAAUUUGACAAGUUAAGCAAAACACACAUUUGUACAUUUGUUAUGGAUGUUCAGGAAGACAAUUUUUAUGACAGAAGAACUGAAUGAAUAUUAUAAAGUUCACAUAGGAUUGGUAGUGGUACUGAAAAACAAUAAAAACGCAAUUACAGCAUUAUUUUUGCCUAACAAUAAUUGAGGCUAUCUUGCUGAUGAUGUACAUUAACGCUAUUUAAAAAAACAUUUUGACUUUAUAUGAUGUUUAUUGUCACAAAGUACAUACUAUCACUAGAUAAAAAUGUAAUUUGUAAACAACUUUUGUUGAUUUGUUGAUUUUGGAAACAUUGGCUUCAUGCUCUGACCAUUGUCGUAUGUGUGUUACUUUUGUAAAAUGUUUGAUCUCGUGAUUAUUUUGGUCAGAAAGUGUGAUGCCAUUAUUUCCAAAGAAUGUACUGUAAAAAUGAGUUAAAAAGACAUACUUUCAUUAAAUCUUAGAAUUGAUUUAAUUUUGGAAGAACCUAAAUUGAUUGUUAUGAAACUAAAGGCUAAACAAGGAAUUUUAUGAACUGCAAUAAGGUCUGAUUUCAGCUUAUAGGUACUUAAUUUGUGAUCUCAUGGACUAUAAUGACAUUUUGUUUGUAACCAGAGCAUGAGGAAAUAGCUACAUGUUUAUCAAUUAUUUUUUUUUUAUAUAUGUCACUUUUAUGAAAUAUAACAAAUUUUAAAGAUUGGAGGCACAAAUGUGCAUAAAAUAACAAUUAUUAUAAACAAUUUACUUAAUUUAUAGUCAAAAUAUUUGUUUGGGUGACAUUUAAAU